AUGAAGAUCAACAGCACCACGCACAGAAAGAUGUGGAUGAAAUUUCUGAGGUUCCGAAAAAACAAAAAAAAGAUGCGACUGUGCCCUUCCCAAAUGGUGGCUGCCUUGCAGUCUGAGGACCAAAGACAGAAGAUCUUUGCAGACUUUGUCAAGGUGGGUGGGAACGUGGAACACCUAGUGCUCAAGUACGAAGCAGGCCUCACCGAGUCCCAGGCUUCCAAUAUCAAGUGGAUCCAAGAUCCUGAACUCCCGGAUGAUGAAGAGGAGAAGCUGUUCUUCACCAUGAUCAAUUUGGACAUGUCCAAUAUCACCGAAGUGCGGCGUCUUACAAAGCUUGAGAUGGAGGGAUGUAUCAACCAAGCUGGCUUGGACGAGUUCGUGAAGGCUGGUGGAGUCUUGGAUCCCAAUGCCCAGCUGAAGUUGUCUGACUUCACAGGGAAAGGUGGCUGUGAAAAGUUGGCAAGUGCCAUGGGUUCUCUGCAACAGCCAAAGACGGGGAAGGGUCAGAGAAGGAAUCAACAGCAACAAGGUGAACCAACUAAGGUUGAACCACAGACCCCGUUGCAGAAAGCCCAGAACGCGGCAUUCAAGCUGAAGCCGAUCAAGAUGUCAUCGGACCUCAUCAACCAACUCAGUGCAGUGGCUGUCAAGUUGGAGGAGUGCGCCACGGCAUUGCAGGACUUGAUCGGAAAAAAGAAGUCAAAGACGAAGCACUAUGUGGGGGUCAUCACUGAGGUGAACAAGUACACCGAAAUGGCUCGUGAGAGGUUGGAGCUGUCAAAGGCACUUUUGAGGGCCAGCGACAAAGCUAGGUCCACUCCCAAGGCCAAGGCUGCCCCAAAGGCGGCACCAUCAGCUGCAGGAUCAGCCAAGCCUCGCAACAAUUAG